AACCAUCUCAUUACAGAAAUUAAACCACCAUUUAUAUUUUGAUAAACUAAGCUAUGAUUUGGUUUUACUUUAUUAUUCUUCUCUUGCUACGCCCAAACGCUAUAAGUGUUGCCGCUUCUCUUGGCAACCAGUUGGUAGCAGUUGCAGAAGGUGGCGGAGAUGCUGUCAUCAAGUGCUUCCAUAAGGAGAAACAAGCUCUUCUUCAUUUCAAAGCUUCCCUGCAAGACCCCCUUGGCCAACUCUCUACAUGGAGACUCGAAGACGAUGAUUGCUGUAAAUGGAGUGGAGUCACCUGCAACAACCAGACACGUCAUGUAACAAAGAUCGACCUGUCAUCCAAUCCUUUAACAGGUCUUCGAGGUCUUGGAGAUCAAACAACUUCUUCGGACCCAUUCCUUUACAACUAUGUCAUCUUGUGAACCUUCAGAUCCUAGACUUGUCAAGGAACAACCUCAAUGGAACCAUCCCAUCAUGCAUUAAYAAUUUGASUGCCAUUGUUCARGGAAGAUAUUUGCAAAGCCGRAACAUACGCCAGCCAUUGGCUUACAAAGCUAAUGCUACUUUACUUGACAUUUUCUUUAACUAUGUUGACAACGGGAUGAUUCAGUGGCAAGGAAUUGAACGCGAAUUCACCARCAAUCUGGGAUUGUUAGCGAGCAUUGAUUUGUCAAGCAACAACUUAACRGGAAAAAUCCCAAAUGAAUUGGUCGAUCUUCAUGAACUGCUUGCACUGAAUUUGUCGAAGAACACUCUACUUGGAGAGCUUCCAAUAAAAAUUGGCGAGAUGAAAAAUCUUUUAACUCUGGAUUUAUCUAGAAACAAUUUUUCAGGAGCAAUACCAUCAAGCAUGUCUCAAAUGGCUUCAUUAAAUUACCUAGAUAUGUCGCAUAACAAUUUGUCAGGGAGAAUUCCAUCUAGCACUCAACUCCAGUCCUUUGAACCUUCAAAGUUCACAGGAAAUGCAGGACUAUGUGGACCUCCUCUUACAAAAAAUUGUCCUGGAGAUGUAGUACCACCUGUUGCAAGUAAAAAUGAGAAUGGUGAGGAAGGCAUAGAUGAACUUGAGAGAUGGUUUUAUAUUGGUGGGGGCAUUGGUUUUGGUACUGGAUUUUGGAUAGCAUGUGGCGCUUUACUUGUCAAUCGUCGUGGGAGACAUGCUUUUUUUCCCUUUGUUGAUUUCUGGAAGGAUUGGGUGUACGUAAAGGUGGUGGUGUUCUUUCGAAAAUUGCGAAGGGUUGAACACGCAUAG